AUGGUUGUCAGCUCAUUAACCAAGAUGGAUGCUUUUGCCAACAUUUUUCCUCCUGGUGGAGAUACUGGACUGACGAGUUCACAAUCAGAGUUCCAAAAAAUGUUGAUUGAUGAGAGAUUUCGAUGUGAACAUCACAAAACUAAUUACCAGACUUUGAAAGCUGAACACACAAGGUUACAGAAUGAGUACAUAAAGUCACAAAAUGAGCUCAAGCAACUCUUAAGUGAAAAACAAUCUCUUCAGGAAAAAUUUCAGCUGCUUCUUGCUGAACUAAGAGGGGAAUUAGUAGAAAAAACUAAAGAGUUAGAGGAAUUGAAAUUACAGGUAUUAACACCGCAAAAACUGGAAUUAUUAAGAACCCAAAUACAACAAGAAUUAGAAACUCCAAUGAGAGAACGUUUUCGAAAUCUAGAUGAAGAGGUAGAAAAAUAUAGAGCUGAAUAUAACAAGCUACGCUAUGAACAUACUUUUCUCAAAUCAGAAUUUGAACACCAGAAAGAGGAGUAUAUGCGAAUUUUGGAAGAGAUGAAAAUAAAAUAUGAAGCAGAGGUUACGAGACUGGAAAAAGAUAAAGAAGAGGUACACAACCAACUCCUUAAUGCUGAUCCCACAAAAGAUAGCAAACGAGUAGAGAAGCUUAUCCGAGAAAAGGUCCAGUUGUGUCAGAAAUUGAAAGGCUUGGAGGCUGAAGUAACAGAAUUACGAGCAGAGAGAGAGAACUGUGGCAUCCAGGCUGAAAAUGUCCAAAGGAUCCAGGUUCGCCAGCUGGCUGAGAUGCAGGCUACUGUCAGGUCCCUGGAGGCAGAAAAACAGUCAGCCACGCUUCAGUAUGAUCGAGUGGAAAAAGAACUACAGUCAACUAAUGAGCAAAACACCCUUUUAAUUAGUAAACUACACAAGGCUGAACGAGAAAUCACUGCAUUGACCAGCGAAGUUCAAGAACUUAAACAUUCAAACAAAUUAGAAAUAGCAGAUAUUAAAUUGGAGGCAGCAAGAGCCAAGAGUGAAAUAGAAAGAGAAAAGAACAAGAUCCAAAGUCAAGUGGAUGGACUGCAGUCAGACAAUGAAAUCCUCAAGUCAGCUAUUGAACGCCACAAAAUGCUUUUAUUAGAAAAAGACCGUGAAUUAGUACGGAAAAUACAAGCUGCCAAAGAAGAAGGUUACCAAAAACUAGCAGCCUUGCAAGAUGAAAAGCUAGAACUUGAGAACAAAUUAGCAGAUUUAGAGAAAAUUAAAGUGGAACAAGAUGUCUGGAGGCAAUCUGAAAAGGAUCAGUAUGAAGAGAAAGUGCGGGCUUCACAGAUGGCAGAAGAGUCGGCCAAAAGGGAGCUGCAGAGUACUAGGAUGAAGCUUCAGCAACAGAUGAUUGCUAAUGAGAAUGCAGAAAAAGAAAAAGUUGAAAAUGUUGAUCUGAAACAGCAAAUUAGUGGUUUACAGAUCCAAGUUACCUCCCUCACACAGUCGGAAACUGAGUUGGUGGAUUCUAACCGAAUACUGAAAGAGAUGGUGGAAAAGCUGAAACAGGAAUGCCGCAGUGCACGGACUCAAGCAGACAAGGCUCAACUCGAGGCCGAAAAAGAUGUAAGAACAGGCUCGCAGGAUGUCGGGUGUUCUCCUUGUGGAAGAUUUGUAGGAGGGCAUGGACGAGAGAAGGCAAUCUACACCCUUAGAGAGAGAAGUGCAUUGGAAGAAAAGCGGAUAGAAUGGUUGGAAGAGAAGCAUAAACUUCAUGAACGUAUCCAAGAAAAAGAAGAGAAAUAUAAGCAGGCCAAAGAAAAGCUGCAGCGAGCUUCACUGGCUCAAAAAAAGAGAAAAUCCCUCUAUGAAAACAAACUGAAGAAACUGCAAGAGAAAGUAGAACUUUUGGAAGCAAAGAAUGAAGAAUUGGAAACAGAAAAUCAGGUUUUAAAUAGACAAAAUGUGCCACAUGAAGACUACACUAAGCUCCAGAAACGACUGAAGGACAUACAGAGAAGACAUGAUGAAUUUCGAACUUUAAUCUUGGUUCCUAACAUGCCCCCAACAAAAUCAUUCAAUCCUGUGAGUUUUUUAUCAGGACCCUUGCCUCCUGAUGUUGAACCAUCUUUCCCCGCUCACCUCCCGGAAGAGGAACAUCAAAGAGAACUGUGUCUCCUUCGAAAAAGACUGGAAGAAUUAGAAACCACCCAGAGGAAGCAGCUGGAGGAGCUCGGGCCUCCUGGAGAAUGAGGCUGCCGCACUAGGCAACCCAAUCAGUGACUCAAUAAAGUUGCAAACUUAAACAUUUGUGGCAUUUUAGAAGCUUCAUUCCUAUCUGCCAAAGAAAAUUUUGCCUAUAAUUGGGAAAAGUACCAACUAUGUGCCGUAUCGCUUAAAUGUACACUAAAGAUGAACUGCGUUAAAAGACUCGCUUUCAGAAAUUUUUUAGGAUAUUUACUGUUAGCCCUUUGAGAGGUGCACACACACACACACACACACACACGCACUUGGAAAGGGGAUGCAAUAAGGGGGAUCAAGGUUUAAAAUGAUUUUCCUUAAUUUUAUUCUACAUUGAAUAAACUCUGGCAUUCUUUCUGAAACCUGAUUCCCUAUUGCAUUCUCUUUUGGAAGUAGUCACUAAUAAGAAGGCCUGCUCAAGAUAAUCCUAAUUUUGAUUACAACCAAACAUUGUGUUUAAAGGCACUUGAAUGUCAGCACUAUA